CGCACGCAUUCCCUUCUCUCACUCCACUCCCACUUUGGUUCCUCACUCUCACUGACCUACCAAACCAAUCUCUCCUCCUCCCUACAAACCACCCGCCGCCGCCCAGAAGCUCCCCCCUGCCGUCUCCACCCCGCCCCUCCCCUCCCCUCCCCUCCCCUUGGAUUGGAUUGGAUUGGGUUGGGCCUUCUUGGCUCCCCUGCCCUGCCCUUGGAUCGGAUCGGAUUCGAUUGAGCUAGCUAGCUCGGUCAGUGAGUAGAUCCGCCCGCCCGCCGUGCAGUUGGAAAGGAAAGGAAAGGAAAGGAAAGGAAAGGAAAGGAAAGGAAAGGAAAGGAUAUGCUGCUUGAUUUGUUCCACAUCUCAUCUCAUCUCUUUUUUACUAUUAAGCUAUAAGUAGUUUUAUUUAGAGGUCUCUGGAUCUUACUUGCCCCCCGUCAUCUUAUCUUUCAGGUCAUUGGCAAGGAAGGAAGCAUGAGACCCACCGCGCGUCUUGUCUUCUAGAAUAAUAAUAAUAAUAAGUCUCCAUGCUCGCGUGUGCGCUUCAAACCAUGGGCUCAUCCUGCAGCAGACCUCACUCAGUAAAUGAGGCAGACGCAGCUGACAACACAAGAUCUGCAGACAUCGACCGGCGGAUUCUUCAGGAGACAAAGGCGGACCAGCACAUCCACAAGCUCUUGCUUCUUGGUGCCGGAGAAUCAGGAAAGUCCACGAUAUUUAAACAGAUCAAGCUUCUUUUCCGAACCGGCUUCGACGAGGCAGAACUCAAGGGCUAUACGCCCGUCAUCCAUGCCAACGUGUUCCAGACAAUCAAAAUACUAUACGAUGGAGCUAAAGAGCUUGCCCAAGUGGAACCCGAGUCUUCAAAAUAUGUGAUAUUACCCGAUAAUCAGGAGAUUGGAGAAAAACUAUCAGAAAUCGGAGGCAGGUUGGAUUACCCGUUGCUUAACAAAGAACUCGUACAGGAUGUAAGAAAAUUAUGGGAAGAUCAAGCCAUUCAGGAAACUUACUCGUGUGGAAGUGUGCUGCAAGUUCCUGACUGUGCACACUACUUCAUGGACAAUUUGGACCGAUUAGCUGAAGCAGAUUACGUACCAACAAAGGAGGAUGUGCUCCAUGCAAGAGUGCGGACAAAUGGGGUUGUAGAAAUUCAAUUUAGCCCCCUUGGAGAGAGCAAAAGGGGCGGAGAGGUGUACAGGCUGUACGACGUAGGGGGUCAAAGGAAUGAGAGAAGGAAGUGGAUUCAUCUCUUUGAAGGUGUUGAUGCAGUUAUCUUUUGUGCUGCCAUUAGCGAGUACGAUCAGUUGUUAUUUGAGGACGAGACGCAGAACAGGAUGAUGGAGACCAAGGAGCUGUUCGACUGGGUAUUAAAGCAGAGAUGUUUUGAGAAAACAUCCUUCAUGUUGUUCCUCAACAAAUUUGACAUAUUCGAGAGGAAAAUACAAAAGGUUCCUUUGACCGUGUGCGAGUGGUUUAAGGACUAUGAGCCAAUCGCGCCUGGCAAACAGGAUGUGGAGCAUGCCUAUGAGUUCGUGAAGAAGAAGUUUGAGGAGGUCUACUUCCAGAGCAGCAAGCCCGAGCGUGUCGACCGGGUGUUCAAGAUCUACAGAACGACAGCGCUGGACCAGAAACUUGUAAAGAAGACGUUCAAGCUGAUGGACGAGAGCAUGAGACGCUCCCGGGAAGGAACGGGGACGUGAUGGAGGCAAGACACAUGAGAAGAGAAACGGCAAUUAGGAUGACACAGAAAUUAAGUUUACGGUGUCGCAACUUUGUGUUGUAAUUCAUCAUUCUUUAGUGUAGAAGAGGAAGAAGACUGAUUGAUCCCUUUGUGCUUGCUUGCUUUCACAAGCAAGCUCCAGGAAAGGAAAGGAAAGAAAUCUGAUGAAUGCAGUAGCAUGCAAAGUUUGGAUCUGUCUUUUUUGCUUUCUACUUGCCCAUAAAAUAUUUUGCAUAUUUUGUUGGAUCAUCACACUCAUUGUUCCUUCAUGGCUAUUUUGGGGCCCAUAAUGAGGUAGUAUGUUGGGGUAUUUCUGGCCUA